AUGAAUUCGAUUCAACGUUUCUCGUUGAGAAGGUUAAGCGGCUUCGAGUCAUGUAUACGACAAUUCUGCGGAGGAGCGUUGCAAGGCGGCGUGAAGGACGAAGGAGACUGGUUCUUCUCACCGGAAUGGUGGGACCCUCACGACGGCGGCCACACGGUUUCACGGGUUACCUUCGGCAAAGGAAACGGCAUCGUUUCAGUCGUCGCACACCCUUCUUCUCUUCCUAGUAGAGAUUCAUGGGCAGAAACUGAGAGCUGGCUAGAGAAAAGGUAUAUGGAGCUAAUGCAAAGAGAUGGAGAGAAGAAUGGAAGUUUUAAGAUACUUGGAUAUCAAUGGCGAUCCCUUCGAUUCAACGACGAUACUCGACAAAGCACGGUGAAAGUCAUGGCUGCUUGUAGAGCAUUGCAACCGAGCUCGGUUUUCUACAUGCAGCAGCCCCAUUGCCUUGCUGCUCCAUAUUUGAAAAGCAUGGCUUCAGCUGGAUUGACUUCUCUUGCAGUUUCUAAAUAUGAUAUGAGGAGUGCAGCUACUGGGAAGAAACAAAUGCGCAUAUUGUGCAUCGGUCACGGUGGAGGAAGUUUACCGUUGUUUUUAGUUAGUCACAUUCUUGGUGCUGUUGUUGACAUAGUUGAGAUCGACCCACUAGUCAUCUCAGAGUUGGUUCGAGCAAUGGGCUUCCCUGCAUUCUCUGUCCUGACAGUAACCGGUAAACGUGCAUUACCAACUGCUGGCAUUAUCGACCAAGUGAUAUGGCGAGGCAUCCAUGAGAGACUCUUCCUCUACGAAUCAGAAGCUAAGGACUUCAUUCUCAAGAAUCAAAACAAUUCUUAUGACAUGAUCUUCAUGGAUGCUUAUGAUGGAGCAGACAUAUUUCCUCAUAGUCUGUGGGAUUCCGAUUCCGUGUUCAUGAAAGCUCUGAGCGAAAGACUUCACCAUGAGCAUGGAACUCUGGUGGUGAACCUUCACUCUGAUGCAGACAUCUCAGACAUAGACAGAUCAAACGAAGGUGUAACGACAGGGAAGUAUGUGAGGAAAGUCGGUAGAGCUUAUAAAAAGGGAUUGAUGGAGAAUGAGAGGAAUUGGUUGGUGUUUGCUUGUGAAGUGCCAUGGCUGUGUAACGUAUCUUUGGUGGUGAGCAGAGGGAUGAGGUUAGAUGAAAGACAGAGAGACAAAAUCAUGACUAGUCUCAUGAAGACUUCCUUAGAAGUGGACAGAAUCCUGCGGCUGCCUUUCUCUUGUUUGGAUUAUCUCAAAACUGGUCUUGCCGUGAUAUAAAUUGACCUUAAGAUUGGAGAUCGAACACGAUAAAGAAGAAGUUGAUGAUCUUGUUCUUCCAUGUUGACCAUAUAGUAUGUAAUACUCUCCGAUUGACACAGGUACUAAUGUUAACUACAUGCAACUCUGAUUGCCCUGACC